AUGUACAUUCGCUCAUUUUUGUUACUUUUCAUCACUGUCUGUUAUACCGUUAAAGCAUCUACCAUCCCGAUACGAAGAAUCAGAUUGCCUCCGAAUAUCGAACGAUCAUCGAGCGAGAACUACGAGCUCAAACGACGACAUGCCAGGGCUUUCGCAAAGAGACAAGAUGCCAUUAACCUUUUUCCAACUCCUACUUCAUCGAUAGUGUCCUCUGAGACCCCACAACCUUCUGAAAGUUCGACCGUUGAUCCAACCGCCCAAGCUUCUCAACUGCCUACAGACGCAAACAGUCCCAGGAAAUAUGUUGUGGCUCAUCACAUGGUCGGAAACACAUUUCCGUAUACUGUCCAGGACUGGGCGGACGAUAUAGCUCUUGCACAUGCCUCGGGCAUAGAUGGCUUUGCGUUGAACAUGGGAAUAGACGACUGGCAGCCGGAUCGAGUUUCCGACGCUUAUACAGCAGCGCACCAGUCAAACCUCGACUUCAAAUUAUUCCUUUCCCUUGACAUGUCGUCGUUCCCUUGUGCAUCUCCCAAUGAUGCUCAGGCUUUGCGCGAUCUUGUCAACGCCCACGCCUCUCAUCCGAACCAACUGCAAAUAGAUUCCAAAGCUUUCGUUUCCACUUUUGCUGGAGAGGCAUGCAAUUUUGGGCAGGGCAGCACCGCAAAUGGAUGGAAAACCCAAUUUACUCAGCAUCCAGAUUUACAAGGGAAAAUCCACUUUGUUCCUUCCUUUUUCAUCGACCCCGCUACCUUCAAAGACUUCGCGGAUGUCAUGGAUGGCGAUUUCAACUGGAAUUCAGGAUGGCCGAUUCAGGUUACCACUUCUUUUGCCCAGAGUGCUGAGGCCUCCCAUUCUGCAAGUGAAAGCGCGUCUGGAUCUUCUGGUCUUUUGGGCAUCGUGACAGGUGCACCUAUCAGUGCCCUCACCAGCUCCCUAGAAAGUAAAUUGGAAACUGCUGUCGCCUCUGUUCUAAGCAAGCUUCAAUUGGCGUUAACAAAGUUUAUUGGUGCCACUGAAACCGAUGAUCAGCACCUGGCUGGUCUUGCCGCCCUUUCUGGUGCACUCCAGGCGCGAGAUGGGUCAUCAUCAAAGAAAACUUAUAUGGCUGCUGUCUCUCCUUGGUUCUUCACGCAUUAUGGCCCAGAUUCCUUCAACAAGAAUUUUGUUUUCUUGUCCGACCAACACCUUUAUUCUAAGCGAUGGGAUUCACUUAUUAGUCAACGUGAUCAGUUCGAUGUUGUGCAGGUCAUCACAUGGAACGAUUACGGAGAGUCGCAUUAUAUCGGACCCAUCAAAGGUGACCAGCCUAACAGCCAGGCGUGGACUAAUGGCAUGAACCAUACAGCUUGGCUUGAUCUAACCCAGUACUAUGCCACUGCAUUCAAGACUGGCCAAUAUCCCACCAUCGAGAAGGACAAAAUUGUGAUGUGGUCUCGGCCUCACUCUACCAACGCGCAAAGUUCGGAUCCUGUCCCUCAACCAACCAACUUCGAGAUCUUUGAAGAUAUUGUUUGGGCUGUUGUUAUGACAACUGCGCCAUCCAACGUCAUCCUCUCCACAUCCCCUACCAACUCUAUGACCUUUGAGGUCCCAGCUGGCGUUUCCAAACUCGCGAUUCCUAUUACACCAGGUGGAACGAUGAAGGGUGUUAUCCAGCGCGACGGACAGACUGUCGUUGAGCUAGCGCCAACUGCUGAUGAAUUUACGUUCCAGGGGAGCCCACAGACAUAUAAUUUCAAUGCAUUCGUGGCUAGCGCCACUGCAGACUGA